AUGGGUAUCAACUUUGGUCAGGCGAUCGGCACUGCGUGUGCGACAUUCGCCGUCACCAACAUCGAUGACAUUUUCGUCCUCGUCGCGUUUUUCGCAGAGGCCACGACGAGUCGUUCGCUCACGCCUGUCAAGAUUGCUGUAGGACAAUAUGUCGGCUUUACAGUCAUUGUUGCUGUGAGCAUGAUUGGUUAUGGCGCGUCGUUGCUUAUUCCCGCGGAGCCAAUUGGAUUUCUUGGCCUUUUACCAAUAUUGCUGGGUAUAUGGUGGAUUCUGACCUACAUAUUUAGCAAGGAUGAGGAUGAGGAGGGGGCGUUGGAUCAAGAGUUGACGACUGCUGAUGGAUUCAAGGCUGUUUUCAAAGUCGCUUCAAUUACUGUCAUGAAUGGCGCCGACAAUAUCAGCACGUACAUUCCCCUCUUUGCAGAAGCGAAAGCUGGAGAGCUGGCGAUAUAUAUCGUCGUCUACUACAUCAUGCUGGGGGUAUGGUGUUGCGCUGCAUAUCUCAUCAUGCGGCAGAAGCAUAUUCUACAUAUUGCACAGAAAUAUGCCCGCAGGUUGGUGCCGUUUCUGUAUGUUGGUCUCGGAAUCUUCAUCAUCGUCAACUCGGAGUGUUAUCCCUGGGCUAUUGAGGAGAUUGACGAUGACAUUGCUUCACAUCCUGGCAAGAUAGUCAUGGGUGUUACGACCGCUGGUUUGCUGGCGAUUUGCAUUGGCGCCAUGCUUUGGAGAAAGUUGAGCCAGAGAUCACAAGAGGUUCUUGUCGAUGAUGCAUCAUCUGCUGUCGAUGGUCAGCGGAGAUCGCAAGAAGGACCAGUCACGGCGCAACAAGUUGGAGAGCAAUCUGAGGUUUCCAGAGAUGCAGGUAAGGCUCAAGACUCUCUUUCGGGACUGAUACUAGAACUUGAAUGA